UGUGUGUCCAUGUGUCGGUGUGUGCGUGUACUGGUGCCACGCAGCGCCACAGGGCUCAGCACACGCGUGUGUGCAGGGUUCAGCGCCCGGCGGGUGCCACCGGUGCUGGACGCUGUGGUCAUUGGCAGUGGCAUGGGGGGCUUGGCGGCCGUGGGCACCUUGGCCAAGGUGGGCAAGAGGGUGCUGGUGCUGGAGCAGCAUGACCAGGCUGGCGGGUGUUGCCACAGCUUCCAGGAGCGGGGCUGCGAGUUCGACGUGGGCAUCCACUACGUGGGGCAGAUGCACACAGGCAGCAUGCUGCGCGUGGCGCUGGACCAGCUCACGGACAGGCAGCUCUGCUGGCAGCGCCUGCCCGACCCCUAUGAUGAGGUAAUCCUGGGGCCUCGGUGUUACCAGCUCCGUGCUGGCAAAGCCGCCUUUGCCGCGGCACUGGAGGAGCAGUUCCCCACCGAGAAGGCGGCCAUCAGGGAGUUCAUGAGGCUCUCCAAGGUGGCCUCGCGGCACGUGGCGCUGCUGGCGGUGCUGAAGAUGGUGCCGCGCUGGUUGGCUGCGCUCCUGGUCCGCACCGGCCUCGUCUACUGGAUCUCACCCGUGUUCCGCAUGGCGGCCACCAGCCACAGCGAGGCCGUGGCACGGCUGACGGACAACUGUGACCUGCGCGCCCUGCUCAGCUGCCUCUUCUACGGCACGGCCCCACGGGACUCCAGCUUCCUGGUGAAUGUGCUGAUGGUUCACCACUACCAGCGCGGUGCCUGGUACCUGCGGGGGGGGGGCAGCGAGGUCGCCUUCCACGCCGUGCCCCUCAUCGAGCGGGCUGGGGGGGCCGUGCUCGUGCGCGCCCCCGUUACCCGCAUCCUCAUGUCCCCCAAUGGCGCUGCCAUGGGGGUGGCGGUGCAGAAAGGGCCCAGCGAGGAGGAGGAGGUGGAGAUCUUCGCCCCCAUCGUCAUAUCUGACGCUGGUAUCUUCAACACUUUCGGCAAGCUGCUGCCCCCCCAGCUCCGCAGCCACCCAGCUACCGUCUCCCGCCUGGCCAUGGUGCGGCACGGCAUGGGCUCCUUCCUGGUGUUCGUGGGGCUCUGGGGCAGCGCAGCUGAGCUGCGCCUGCCCCCCACCAACUUCUGGAUCUACCCCCACAACGACCUGGAUACCAUGAUGACCCAGUACACUGCCCUGAGUCGUGAUGACGUCCCCGAGAACCUGGCCAUGAUGUUCGCCACCUUCCCUGCCGCCAAGGACCCCACCUAUGAGCAGAGGCACCCAGGCCGGUCCUGCAUGACCAUCCUGACCAUGGCACGGUACGAGUGGUUCGAGGAGCGGGCCGGGACCCGCACCAAGCACCGCGGCGCCCAGUACCAGCAGUACAAGAUGAGCAUUGCCCAGCGGCUGCUGGAGCGGGCUCUGCAGCGCUUCCCUCACCUCCGUGAUAAGGUGGAGUUCGUGGAGGCAGCGUCCCCGCUCACCAACCAGCACUACCUGGGGGCUCCCCGUGGGGAGAUGUAUGGGGCCGAGCACGACGUAGCCCGCUUCAGUCCGGCUGUGGUGGCCACCAUGAGAGCCGAGACACCAGUGAAGAACCUCUACCUGACGGGGCAGGACGUGUUCAGCUGUGGGCUGGCAGGGGCCCUGCACGGGGGGCUCAUAUGCGCCUCCGCCGUCCUGGGCCGUCUGCUCUACGUGGACCUGCUGCUCCUCAAGAAGAGGAUCAAGAGGCGCCAGGGCCGGCAAACGGUGUGAUGGGAACAGCGCCUGGCUCAAUAAACCCCCAUGUCCCGCUGGGCUGGGCAUGGCUCUUGGGAUGGCGAUGGGACGG